CGAAGAGGAACAGCUGCCUUCCGUCAUGGAAUGCUGCACGGCGUCUACCAGGAACUCUGCUAGGAGAAUUGGCGUCGCCUACGCGGUGAUGAUGCUCGUGGUCCUGGCUGUGCAGAUGGGGUUCAUGUGCAGCGCGGCGAUGGAGUGCGAGGCGAAUAGACGCCAGUACGUUUGGAUCUCCUGGGGCUUCAGCUGUUUCCUGAGCGCGGCACACGUAGGGUUCAUCGCCACCUGGAUCGUCGCUGCCGGCACGGACAACGUGCGGUUGAUGACUAUAUGCGUCGUGGGCGUUGCGGUGCGUCUCGUGGGUGUCGUCGUCUACUUCACUAUCAACGUCAUCGUAGACGCCAAUACGGAGCAGACCAUUGCCGAAAUUUACGCCCUGUACUUGCUGCAUAGUGAAGAGCACAUUUCGGCUUCUCACCAACUACCGAUAUAUGCAUUAAUAGUUCUAAUGGCACUAGAGAAACGUCCCGUUCAAUGGUCAGGAUACUCCAAUGGUGCGCAUGGCACUGUUACUUACCUGGUUUUUACGUCGGAUAAGCGAACUUGCCUUUUUCUGUCAGGAAGUAAGCACAUGCGAAAGCGGCGCUGGCAUAAACUUGUGUCGCCGCCUGUCGGUAGCUGGGAAAAGCAGUCCUUGGGGCAGGGUUUCCGCUGGUUGCAGAGGACCGGCCACAAAACUUAAGAACUGUGCAGCCGUAAGCGCAAAAUGAAUUUCCCCUUUUUUUUUACGGUUUUCAGCAAGAAACGAACGUCCCUUCAACCUACAAUAAACGGGCAGCAUUUUCCUCCGCUUUCGUGGAGGUGCGUUUGUUGGGCACAAAGCUUGCACCACUCACAGACGGGCGAGUGCAGUAUCACGUUGGUUUUGUGAGGACAGCAAUUUUUCUUCUGCAAACGAAAUCUGUGUUGUUUUAAAAACGCCGACGCUUCGCCACUUCCUAUAGCGCGCAGUGUGGGUGCAGUGGUCGUCUGCUCUUAGCUCACGACAGUUGAUCGUGGUAAUAAUUAGCACAUUGCAAAUAUUGGGUGAAAUAGCAAGUAUGUAAUGCGCUAGCUUAAUUAUCGAUCAACGCUGCCACGAAUUCGAAAUGACUCUUUUCUUUCUCGUUUAGCAGAGACGCCGCCAGAGUAACA